AUGCGCCAAAGCUGGAACCUAGGGGUUGCAUUUCUCUGCUUCUGGCUCAGCCUUGAGACUUUGACCAACGGCAUCGACGCAGCAAUCUGGUCUGAUAAUGCAGAUGUAAAGCUCCUUGUGUAUUGUGACAUUGUCUCCCGCCUCCAAAUCAUAGCGCGUGUCGUCAGACCGAUGAUAACGCUCAACCUGUCGCGGCGGAUGUAUCUUAUUGCUAGCCUUCGAUCCGUAGAAGCACCCCGUAACAGUAGCAAUCUGCUCAUUGAGUGGACCUUGGGCUUGGGAAUACCGCUGCUCGUCGCCGGGCCACUCUACUACUGCGUGCAGACCGUUCGCUUCCAGAUCUGGGAAGGGUUUGGUUGCUCGUACGGAACGGAUCCCUCGGCUCUUACCGUUUUGUUGAUCACAAGCUGGCUCUUUCUUCCUCCAGUGAUAUCUGUCGUUGUCUACUAUCCGAAAGUUGCAUGGGUCUUCUACCAUCAACGUCGAGACGUCGACAAUUUUUUCAGGAUUAAUGGCGCUGUUUCACGCACACACUACUUCCGAGUCCUGGCACUGGCUAGCAUCGACAUAUUGAUUACCCUUCCUGUCGGCAUCGUCUCAACCGUCUUACACUUCCUUCAAGUCGCUGAGGACAACGAAACAGUACCCUUCUACUCUGGAUGGCACAUCGUGCACGCAGACUGGACACCAGUCAGCAUCGAGUGGGCGGGGAUGCACACAUGUCGUUCGCGACAGUUGUACUUCUCGUUCUGGACAAGUCUAACGCUUCCGUUCUUCAUCUUUGGUUUAUUCGGUACGACUAGAGAGGCGCGCACGGCAUAUCGACAUGGCGUUUUCCUUGUAAGCGCAUUCUUCGGGAAGAGAGCAAGCUCCCGUCAACAUGAACGUGCGGUGUUGCGCGCCGAGACGUGCGUCCUCGGAUCUCGCAACGAACCCUCGCGCCCAACAGACGUCUCUGAGAACAGUGACGCUGAUCGUCACUCCGUUUGA